CCGAGAGCGCGCCGUACCGCCUGUUUUGCGGCCGAGCCGAGAGGCAGCGACCCUUCGAAGAGAGCGUGUCUAGACCUGUUUUACGAUUCUAUUGUGUUUUCGGGCGUGGUCGGGUCCAGGUAUAACGGAAAUAUCACACGACCGUUAUUCUUUGCCGGAAAUUGGACGCGUUUCGUCAGUAGCUUGCCGUUCGUGCAACUGUGCGUUACAGUGAGUUUUCGUCUGUGAAUACAUAUUCUGAGGAAAAUGGAUAACAGAUAUAAAGGUUCUCGGGACAGCAAGCCUGAACAUCAUUUUUGUCCCGAAGGCCCGGAAUCGUGGUGCAAGUGGCAACAAGCGAAAGCUAAAGGAGAACUGAGGAAUUUCCGUCACGAUUAUUCAGCAUUGCCAAAAACGGUGUUAGAUCCCAUCAAACCAAUUUACGAAGAUCUCAGCAAUGACAAAUUGUUGAAACGCUGUGUUGGCGGAUACACACAAAACAGCAAUGAGAGCUUCAACCAACUUAUUUGGAAGAUAGCUCCAAAAACGAUGCACAGCGGGGCCAAAAUUGUUAACAUUGCUGCAUUUCUUGCAACAUGCACGUUCAACAAUGGUGUCACGUCAUUGUUAGAAAUUAUGAACGUAUUAGGAAUAUCAGUCGGAUCGGGCGCGCACUUGUACGCUGCGCAAGAAGACGAAACUCGCAUAGCGAAAGCCGAGCUGCAAGCGCAAGAACAGACUAAAGAAGGUCGAAUACGGCGCCGACAACAAAAUUUAGAAAAUAUGAACAUUCCGUCGACCGUAGAAGACUUACACUAUGGGCCUGGUAUCGAUGAUUCCAUAUGAUUUUUGAAGAAACGCCAGUGGGUACCGUUUACCCGGAUUUUUUUACGGCGCUCCAAAGAU